AAUAAUAAGUGAGUCGUAUUUUAUGUAGAGAAAGAGGAGACAGAAAGCGACAUUGUUGAGAAAUGAGUUCACUUCAAAUUCCAUGUUUUACCAAACACACUUCUCUCAUCACUGGUCGCGCCGGAAACAGUUUUUCCAGCAAACCUGUUUCUUUCUCAAAUUAUCGAUCAUCUAAGUUCCAAACCUGUCAAAUUUCUCAGCAAACUCAACCCAAUGGAGCUGAACGAAGUGAAGGGUCUACCGAUUCAUCCCCACCAAUGAAUCAUCUCUUGUUUGUUGAGAUGGGUGUUGGUUACGAUCAACACGGCCAAGAUAUUACUGCUGCAGCAACAAGAGCGUGCAGGGAUGCUAUUACUUCUAAUUCAAUUCCCGCUUUUCGCAGAGGUUCCAUUCCUGGUGUCAGUUUUGAACAGAUGAAAUUGCAAAUCAAGCUAGGGGUUCCUCGUUCUCUCCAGAAAUCUCUGGAUAUUGAGAAAGUCAAGUCUGUAUUUCCCUAUGGAAAAAUUUUGAAUGUUGAAGUUGUGGAUGGUGGUUUGAUAUCCUCAAGUGGUGUGCAUGUGGAAGAGAUGGGUGACAAGACUGAUGAAUGCUACAUUGUGAAUGCCGCUGUUUACGUCGGUUAUUAAUGCAGGGUUCAGUUUUAGUCUCCUGUUGAUGUACUUCUGAUGUAUAAUAAACAAUACAUAUCUAUAUUUCAAUGCAUAGUUCUUGUUCGGUCAUGGUAUAUAUUUCCAUGUCA